UCCAUGGUUGUGUAGUGGAAGCCAGAGAGAGGGUCCGGGUACGUGCGAGAUGCAGCCAUAGUCACGCCACACUGUCUGAAAUUAUAACCUGCUGGGAUCGUUAGUUUUGCAGCGCAUCAGAGCCGACUGAAAGCCUGUGGACGUGAGACAUCAUGGCCGAGCAGCAGAGGCAGCGCUCCCUGUCCACCGCUGGUGAGUCUCUCUACCACGUGUUGGGAGUUGAAAAGUUGGCCACAGCUGACGAUAUCAAGAGAUCUUACAGGAAACUGGCGUUGAAGUUCCACCCUGACAAGAAUCCUGACAACCCAGAAGCGGCAGAUAAGUUCAAGGAGAUAAACAAUGCCCAUGCGAUUCUGAAUGACCCCACGAAGCGUAAUAUUUACGACAAAUAUGGUUCUCUGGGACUAUAUGUGGCUGAGCAAUUUGGAGAGGAGAAUGUUAACACUUACUUUGUCCUCUCAAGCUGGUGGGCGAAGGCUCUGUUUGUAUUCUGCGGCCUGGCCACUGGGUGCUACUUUUGUUGCUGCCUGUGUUGCUGUUGUAACUGCUGCUGUGGAAAAUGUAAACCCCGGCCUCGGGAGGGACAGGACCAGGAAUUUUACGUGUCCCCAGAGGACCUGGAGGCUCAGCUGCAAUCUGAUGAAAGAGAGGCCGGCGGGGACCCCAUAGUCCUGCAACCAUCUGCGACAGAGACAACCCAGUUAACAUCGGAUGGUCACUACUCCUACCACACUGACACCGGCUUCAACUAACCCUCCACAGCCCCCGUCAAUCCUGGCCUGCCUGCUUCCCUGCUCCACCUCAGUGAAUGAAAGAGAGAGGCAAUCCAUCUUUCCACUUCAGAGAGAGAGAGAGAGAGAGAGAGCCAUGCAGAGGAGAGGGACUAGUAAGCAUGGCCCUAUGAAAGGAACUAAUGAAGUCACAUCCCUUACGCCCCUCCCUGAUUGGUCCACAACUUAUUCCCCCUGCCCCGCCCCGCCCCGCCCCCUCCCAGUACGAGAAGAAAAGAGAAACAAAUAAAUUGUUUCCUUUUCAUUUCUUCUUUUGUAUUUCUUGGCCUUUAACCGCACAGGUCGCCUACCCCACUACCCCUCUCCCAUAUUUUGCAUCAUGGUGUAGCAUGCACUGUUUCUAAAAAAAAAACAUGGUCUCCAAAUUUUCUUUUAUCUUUUGCAGCAUUUUUACUUUGCAAGGUUCAUAACGUACGUACGUAUAUGUGCAAUAUGUUCAUAUGAGUACAGUUCACAAGGAAGGAGGGGUGAAGUUUACGUGAUAUUUUAUGCUAAAGGAGAGGAGAGCCGUGGCUCAGGGAGGGAGGUGUUGGUUAGAGAGACAUCUUUGUUGGCUUAAGUGGUCAGUGCCAUCGUUAAACCCUCAAGAACAGCGUUGUCAUGCACAUAAUCGUCACUUCUGAUUUGCAGUCAGUAACGUUUUAGUUGAAAAUGCCACCGCUGAGAGUCAGACCUACAGUAUAUCUUUGGCACCGUGUUUGUCUUUAGUGUGCUCCCCUGAGUGUUUUUAAUGUGAACCAUGAGGUUGUUGAGACACAGAGCUUUAUUUAUUUGUCAGUUUAUCAUAAACGCCUGCUGAUGUAACAGUUCUACUGUAGUUAUUAAUUAGUGGCGGCUUUUCAUUCCUCUGCCUCAGCUUUAUUUCUGUCCAUCAUUGCAGGAUAUAGACUACUUCCCCUUGUCUUUCCUGCAUCACCGAACAGGUUCACAUGAUAGUUAAUUUCAAGGUAACUUAAAUGUUGCUUCGUAAUGUCUUGCAUUAUUUUUAUAACGUGAAAUGUUUCAGCCUACGUGGAUGAUUUAUUUAAAAAGGAAGCGACAAAACAAAAUAAUAUGUUGCUUUGUUUUGUUUUAUAUUUUUUCCGUCAUACUAGCAGUCACGUCUGAUUUAUUAAAAAUGGUGACAUUGAAUUCAUGAAUCAGAAGCAUUAGCGUUUAAAGGAACCUCUAACAAAACACAGAUAAUUACUAUUUAAAUAAUGUAGUUUUUCAAUAGUGGAUGAAAUAUAUCUUUAAUUUAUAAAGUAUCUAAGCUUAAGGAAUUUUGCUUUUGUUUUUUGUUUAUACUGAUAGCAAAAUGUAUUUAUUUUUGGACAUUUCACAACUUACUGAAACAUGUUUAUUUCAUUUAAUUAUUGCAUUUUUUUUUAGUUUACGUACUGAUCUUGUGCUGUAUGAAGCCAAGGAGCUCCAGGUAACCCAGCUGACUCUGUUCAGAGCUGUUAACAGGAAGAAAUCACAGAUCUCUAUCAGCGGCAGCGCUCGUUCAGAGGGUGACAUGUUUUUAGCUCUGAGCUGUCUUGAAUAUAUUAAGUAGUUAAUGUGAUACGGAAAAAAAAGAACAUGUUACUUUGGGAAAUAAAGCUGACUACAGAAUAUCCACACGGGGAUUUUCUGAGCGGUGAGGAAUAUGAUUUUUCAUCAUGUUUUUAGUCCUUGUGUUUUGAACUGAAGUCUGAUGACUCUGACAUUUUGUCCAAUGCUGUGAUCGUUUAUCAUUGUUGACUUUUGAAUCCAUGUAGAGUAAGAAGCUCGUGAGGCAUAUCAUCUGUGAGCCAGUGCUAUAGGCAGCUCUGAGAAAAAUGACUCUAGAUUUUUCAUACUAUUGAAUUUGCAUAUAUUGCCACACGUUUGCAAAAUUGCCAUAAAUCGCCAUGAACAUCUUUGCCACUUUGUCAGUUUCAUAACUGCUAAUAAUGUGUUUCAAUGGUUUACAAUUGGUGAGCUCCUAUUGCCCACCCUCUGCUAUUAACGGUAUGGAUGUUGACCUCUGUGGCCCUUGUAUGAUGUUUCCUGUAACCCUUGAUGAAACAUAGAUGUACCUGUCAUGGCUUUUUCAUUGAGAUACUGAAAAAUGCUACUGUAAAUGUUCUAAGUUGAAUGCACUGUGUGUUUAAAAAACUAUAAUGGAUCAAUGAUCAGGAAAUGACUCCAUAAAAAGUAUAUAGUAUAUAGUGUAACUAUAGUGAAAUGGUUAUAUGAUGCAUUUUUGGGAAUUUUAUUUAUUUCAUACUUUGUCAUGUUUCAAAUGAUGAUUGGCUAUCAUUUUAACUGGUAUGGUGUUGUAAUGUAACCAUUAAAUUGUGCAAGGAAAAGGUUUAAUGGUUAAGGUCGCUUGUACAUACACUUGGCCCAUAUAAAGUAUAAACCUUAACAUUUAUGUUGUAGCAUGGUAAUUGUGUGUCUGGAAGAAAACAAGUGGAUCAUUGAUCUGAUUUGCUGUUGUUGAAUAAAUGUUCCUGAACAUUU